AAAGUUUUUCUUUGCUUCAUUAGUCUCAGUUCGUCUAUACAAGUACUUGAUGCAAUGAUUGAGCAUCUCAUUUGGUAUAGAACUCAUAGCUGCAUACUCUUGUUGAUGAUCUCAAUCAGUUUCACAGUUUCUCAGCCUCCUGUAGCUGGCUGCAGCCUUGAUUUGCCAUCUUCUUUGCCUGAUUAUAAUAACUCAAGUUGCACAGAGGGAGAUUGGGGCGGAUUCCUAUCGAAAAAUUGUUGUGGGUCAGCUUUUCAUUCCUACCUUCAUGCAGUGGGGCGGAGGGCUAAUCGAACGGGACUUAUAUACCUGAAUUCCACUGAGCAAAGCAGUUGCCUGGCUGAAAUGGAAAAAUCUGAAGCAGAUGUCUUUAGUUGUGGGAUUGACAAGCUGACAAGUGGGUUGGGAGGGUGUUCUGAUUUCUCUGUUGCCAAUGUUAGUCAUAGGCUGGGGAAGGAACUGAAAAGUUUGUCUGAAAAUUGCAAAUUUGAUGGUUCUGAUAAAGAAUCAGGGGAAUUAUGCAGUUCCUGCAUAAAUAGUUGGCAGUACAUAAAAGAAAAGCAUCCUAGUGGAAAUGAUAUUUGUAGGUUUGCAAUUCUGAUUUCUUUAACAAGUACUAGGAUUGAUGAUGAAAUUUAUAUUCACAGAGUUUUCAAAUGCCUCGAGAAUGAUAAGAAGCAAUUCAUCAGCAAUGAUACAGCAGAACCAGAAGGGAAAAUGAAGCCUAAAAUUAGUACAGGUAUCUGGAUCCUAAUUGGUUGCCUUAUAGGAAUUGCAGUGAUAAUAAUAACUGUUGCCACAAAAAAUAUGUCUAGAUGUUGUCAAAAAUCAAAAAAUCCACCUAAAAAGAAUGUGGCAGCAUUUAGGAACAUGCGACUAAAGGAAUCUCGUUGUUCGAAAUUUCCACUUAAGGAGAUUUGUUCCGCUACUGAGAAUCUAAGUGAAAAGAAUCUCAUUGGUGAAGGAACUGCAGGAAAGGUAUACAAAGGGAUAUUGUCAAAUAAUCAGCAUGUUGCAAUUAAGCACAUAAUCAACGAAGCGAAUGCAGAAACUGUUGUUAGGGAAUUAACGAGCUUAUCGCACGUAAGGCACCGGAAUCUUGUAGCUUUGCUGGGAUAUUGUGUAAGAGAUGACGAGUGUUUUCUAAUCUAUGAGCUUUGCCCUUAUGGAAAUCUCUCAGAGUGGAUUUACGGGAAAGACAAGGUCCUAUCUUGGAUCCAGCGGCUUGAGAUUGCAAUUGAUAGUGCUCAGGGUCUUUGGUUUCUGCAUACAUAUGCAGAAGGCUGCAUUGUUCACCGCGAUGUCAAGCCUACAAACAUCCUCCUAGGACCAAAUUUCGAAGCGAAGCUGUCAGAUUUUGGAUUGUCUAAGGUUAUCAACCAGGGUGAAACCCAUGUCAGCUCAGAAGUAAGAGGAACAUUUGGUUAUGUCGACCCUGAGUACCGAAAUAAUCACCAUGUAAAUUCAUCAGGCGAUGUUUAUAGCUUUGGAAUAGUACUUCUGCAGAUUCUAUCAGGAAAGAGGGUUAUUAAUAUGAAUCUGAAGAAUCCAAUGCCAUUGGAUAAAAUGGCAAAAUCCAUAACCAGAGGAGGCAGCAUAAUAGAAUUUGCAGAUCCUAAGCUGAAUGGAGAAUAUUCAGCAGAAGCUUUUGUUCUAGUAUUUCAGCUAGCAUUGUCAUGCACAGCACUUAAGCAACAAAGACCAACAAUGGAGCAAGUUGUUGUAAAAUUACAACAAGCCCUUGAUGUAUCAACAAGGGCAAAAGCCUCUACUCCUGAAACUUCACCUGACCGGCUUUCACUUUGUUAAUGGGAAAUCUGUUGAACUGUUAGAUAAUUAUAAGAAUGCUUUUUUACAAACAUUCAUUGAGCUAAAAAAGUCUAAAACAUAUGAUCCAAAA